AUGUCGUCUAUACCCGAUGACUAUCUGCAUCGAAUCUAUGCCGGCGUUCUCGGGAAGCUAGUGGGCGUGUACCUGGGGCGGCCAUUCGAAAACUGGACGUAUCAAGAAAUCCAGGACAAGCUCGGAGACAUUCGCUACUAUGUACAUGACAAGCUAGAUCUACCACUUGUUGUAAUCGACGAUGACGUUUCAGGCACCUUUACCUUCGUCCGCGCGCUUGAAGAGCACGGUGCCUCUGCAGACCUCUCACCCGAGGAUGUCGGCAAGACUUGGCUGAAUAACGUCGUGGAGCGCCGCUCUGUCUUCUGGUGGGGAGGCAACGGCAUCUCGACCGAGCACACAGCAUUCCUCAACCUGAAAAAUGGCUUCACCGCCCCCGCAAGCGGUGCGUUCACGACGAAUGGUCGCACUCUGGCAGAACAGAUUGGCGCCCAAAUCUUUAUCGACGGCUGGGCUAUGGUCGCUCCGGGAAAUCCGGCCCUGGCGGCGCGGCUCGCUGAGGCAGCUGCACGAGUGAGCCACGAUGGCGAAGCGGUACAUGCGGCUAAGUUGUGGGCGGCCAUGGAGGCGGAAGCGUUCCUGUCCAGCGACGUCAACCAUCUCCUUAAUGCCGGUCUGGCGUUUGUUCCAGCUGAAUCAAUUAUCGCGCGUAUGAUUGCCGACGUCAGGCGCUGGGUGCAAGAGGACGGCGACUGGAGGCAAACGCGACAGCGGGUCGAAGAUAAUUAUGGCUAUGACAAGUACUUGGGUAUUUGCCACGUUAUCCCCAACCAUGCCAUCAUGAUCAUGACUCUACUAUACGCAGGCCACGACUUUCAUGAGGCCAUGCAUGUCAUCAAUACCUGUGGUUGGGAUACCGACUGCAACGCGGGGAAUGUUGCGUGCCUGGUUGCUCUAAUGCACGGCUUGGCCGCAUUUCAAGGCGGCCCUGACUGGCUGGGCCCUUUGGCCGAUCGCGCAAUCAUCUCCAGCGCCGACGGUGGCUACUCGAUAAACAACGCAGCGCGCAUAGCGUACGAUAUAGCUAAUCUAGGCUAUCGCUUGUCCGGCAACCCGACACUCCAACCACCAAAGGAUGGCGCUCAGUUUCACUUCUCUCUUCCUGGUAGCGUUCAGGGCUUCCAGGCGACGAUGCAUCCCCAGUCUCCUUUGGAUGUGGUCCGCAUCAGCCAAGGCCAAGACAGUGGAGUCGAUAGCCUUUGUAUUCACAUCAAGAACCUGACAGACACGAGCAGCCCUGUGGAAGUAAUGACUGCGACCUUCACGCCGCUCGAUAUCCUCCAAGUUGAUCGAAACUACGACAUCAUGGCCUCGCCUCUGGUGUACCCAGGCCAACGGGUUAAAGCAGAACUUCGUGCAGGUGACAGCAACACUACGGUCUUGACUGUGUGUCUGAGGAUCAAGGCAUAUGACGAAAACGACAUUUUGACAACUGUGGAUAGUCAGCCUAUAAACAUAAAGUCCGGGCAACAGAAUAGCCUGCAGUGGACCAUCCCCGACAGCCUUCAGAACUGGCCCAUCCAGCAGAUCGGCAUCGCGAUCAGCCCCGCUAAAGGCUCUCCGAACCUUGAUGGUGCCAUAUUUCUUCACAGCAUGCGAUGGAACGGCGUGCCUCGAAUGACACUGAAACGGCCCGCGAACAAGAGUAGAUGCCAGAGUUUCUGGAGCCGUGCCUGGGUCAGUUCCGUGGACAAGGUGCACACAGACAUGGGGCCGUCAUUCUUCAUCGCUCAAGACCGAGGCGAGGGCCUCUUGAGCCAAGGUGCCAGAGACUGGGCCGACUAUACUGUAAUGGUAUCGAAUUUUGUGGUCAAUUUUGGCGGGUCAAUGGGCGUUGCCGCUCGGGUCCAGGGACUUAACCGCUAUUACGGGCUCAUGUUAACCAAAGACAAGCGGGUGGCGUUGGUCAAGGCUGCGGACAAUGAGAGGAUAGAGUUGAUGAGCAUGCCUUUUGUAUGGGAGGAGAAUCGCAAGUACCAAUUGCGCCUACGCGUGCAAGGCAGCAAGAUCGAAGGACAAGUCGGCCAGGUGGGAUUAGUAGCACUAGACGAGGACUAUGUAGGAGGCGCAGUGGGCUUUGUGGUGACGGACGGCUCACUAUCGGCCGAUAGCAUCGCUGUUUGUCCAGUAGAGAGUUGA